AUGGCGAGUCUUGACCCCGGCCCGGCCGUCCCCGUGUGGCUGAGCGAGGACGACCUGGGCUGCAUCAUCUGCCAAGGACUGCUCAGCUGCCCUACCACCCUGCACUGCGGCCACAGCUUCUGCCGCUCCUGCCUGGAAAGGCUGUGGGGCGAGCGGGGCGUGAGGCGCCGCUGGGCCUGCCCCACCUGCCGCGAGUCCACCGCGCUGAAGCCGCGGCUGCGGAAGAACACGCUGCUGCAGGACCUGGCUGACAAGUACAUGCUGAGAGGUGGUCAAGCUUUAUGUUCUGUCUUUGUUCUUUUAAAGACAGAGGCACAGAGGAGCAUCACAGAAGUUGGUCGGGAGCUGGCAGAGCUGGUGGAGCAGCUUGUAGACAUCACCAGGAAUCUUCAGAGUCAGAGACCCCUCUCACAAUCUGAGGCAGACAAUGAACUGAGCAUCUUGGGCACGGCUUUUUCUUGUGGGGUAGAUCUUUCCUUGGCUUCUCCAAAGCUAGUGACUUCCAGCACACCUGAGGGAAAAAUGAGAGAUGUUCUCCAUGCUCUAGAAGAAAUCCAGGAAAAAUUACGAGAAAACUUCAUGUGGAAAGAAGCUCUUGAAGAACAAAUACAGGUGGAACUCCUGGAAACUCCAUCUACCUCCUCAUGCCCACUGCCUGAUCAGAAUCACCUUGCACCCAGGAAGACCUCCCGGUUUGCUCAAUGGGCCAUCAAUCCAAUUUUUGACCUGAGGAGCCUCUCCUGUAGCCUGGAGGUUUCUGAGGAUGGCCGGACAGUAACUGUGUCUCACGGGCGACAGUCCUAUCCCUGGAGUUGUGAGAGGUUUGAGACUUGCCAGGUCUUAUGUUCCCAGGCCCUCUCUUCUGAGAAACAGUACUGGGAAGUGGACACUCAGCACUGUGACCACUGGGCAGUUGGGGUGGCUUCCUGGAGGAUGAACCGCAACCAGAUUCUAGGACGGACCGAGGACUCCUGGUGUGUGGAGUGGAAGGGGACUGGUCAGCUUUCUGCCUGGCACCUGGUGGAAGAACCUGUCAUCAGCUCAGACAGACCUAGGGUUGUGGGCAUCUGGCUGGACCUUGAAGUGGGGAAGCUUGCCUUCUAUGCAGUGGCUAAUCAGGAGACACUUCUAUAUGAGUGUGAAGUCUCUGCUUCCUAUCCCCUGUAUCCUGCCUUCUGGCUCUAUGGCUUACAACCUGGAAACUCGCUGAUGAUAAUGCAAACAAAAGCAUAA